GCAGGAGCGCGUUGCUGUAUAAAAGCCCAGGAGAGGACCUUGCUCUGGCAGUACGAGCUGGUCUCUCUGCACGAUGGCUGACCCCAAGGAGUCCGAGAAGGGGGGUGUCGAGCUGAGCACCCCUAAUGCAGCUCCCCCCACAGGGACCAUGUCCACCCGGCGCCUCCGCAGCGAGGACUACAACGACUACAGCUCCACGGAUGUCACGCCGGAGGGGAGCCCGCCCGGCGGCAUGAAUGGCUUCGCCCACCCUGAGUCCUACCAGCGCUUUGGGGAGACCAACGGGACAACGUGGUACCAGACCCUGAUCCACCUCCUGAAGGGGAAUAUUGGCACAGGGCUGCUGGGGCUGCCUCUGGCUGUGAAGAACGCCGGCAUCCUGCUGGGUCCUGUGAGCCUGCUGGUGAUGGGAAUCGUGGCUGUGCACUGCAUGGGCAUCCUGGUGAAAUGCGCCCAUCACUUCUGCCACAGGUUCCAGAAGCAGUUUCUGGACUAUGGGGGUACCGUGGUGUAUGGGCUGGAGUCGACUCCCAGCGCGUGGCUGCGGACACAUGCCAUCUGGGGAAGGCGUGUAGUGGGACUCUUCCUGAUCGUCACCCAGUUGGGUUUCUGCUGCGUGUACUUCGUCUUUCUGGCUGACAAUCUCAAACAGGUCAUAUCUGCAGCAAACGGGACCACCAAUGACUGCACCCCGAACAGGACGGUGGUGAUGACCCCCACCAUGGACUCCCGGCUGUACAUGCUUUCCCUGCUGCCUUUCGUGGUUCUGCUCACGUUCAUCCAGAAUCUCAAGGUCCUGUCUGUCUUCUCCAUGCUGGCCAACGUGGCCAUGUUCAUCAGCCUCAUCAUGAUCUACCAGUACAUCGUCAGGGACAUUCCUGAUCCCAGUAGGCUGCCUCUAGCAGCGGCCUGGAAGACCUACCCUCUGUUUUUUGGCACCGCGAUCUUUUCUUUCGAAGGCAUCGGGGUGGUGCUGCCUCUGGAAAACAAGAUGAAGAACCCCAGGCAGUUCCCAGUCAUCCUCUACGUGGGGAUGACCGUUGUCACCAUCUUGUACAUCAGCCUGAGUGUCCUGGGGUACCUGCGCUUCGGGGCGGACAUUCAGGCCAGCAUAACGCUCAACCUGCCCAACUGCUGGCUCUACCAGGCUGUCAAGCUGCUCUUCUCCUUUGGGAUUUUCUUCACGUACGCCGUGCAGUUCUACGUGCCUGCCGAGAUCAUCAUCCCUCCCCUCGUCGCCCGGGUGUCGGAGCGCUGGGGCUGGGUGGUCAACCUGCUCCUCAGGGUGGCCCUGGUCAGCGUGACCUGCGUUCUGGCCAUCCUCAUCCCGCGCCUGGACCUCGUCAUCUCGCUGGUGGGCUCCAUCAGCAGCAGCGCCCUGGCUCUCAUCUUCCCCCCGCUGCUGGAGAUCGCCACCUACUACACAGAAGGCAUACACCCCCUCGUCAUCGCCAAGGACAUCGCCAUCAGCCUCUUCGGCUUCGUGGGUUUCGUGGUGGGGACGUACGAGGCGCUGGUGGAGCUGAUAGCGCCCGCCACCACCGUUGUGAACGGCACCAGUAUCAUGGUGCAGUGACGGUCCCUCUGCCCCGCCGCCCCCCCCAGCCCCCGAUGCCGUGCUGGGGGCACGCGGGCACCGGGCGCUGCUGUUCCCCAGGGGACGGUCUCCCCUCCGCUCUUGGGGAAACAUGGUGGGUUUGGUCUGCGAGAGGAUGGGGCUGCCCCGGCUCGUGGCCACCCACCUCCGGCUGCAGCAGGGUCCCGUGCUGGGCUCCGGCUGGGCAGGUGGGAUCCGGCCCGGAGCUGGGGCAGUGCCUUCCCUGGGGGCUUUUUUUUUGGGCGGGUGAUAGAGCAAAACAGCCCCCUCAGCACCUGUGUAAAUAGUCGCUUUGAGAGGUGAGGAAUCCUGGGGAUGUAGAUUUUGGUUUUAUUUUAUUUUUUUAAAUCGAACCUUUCCAUAUUUCCCCCGUCCCUUCAGCCAGGGCGGGGAACAGGGACUGCUCUUUUUUUGUGCCAGUUUUUGGUUGGGUUUUUUUGGGUUUUGUGUUUUUUUUUUUUUUUUUUUUUUUCCGCCUCAGCACUUUAUUUUUACAGCAACAGAGAAACCUCAGCUCAGGUUGGAGAGUGUGGAGCUGCCGCCUCACCCCGGCCCUGCGGGGACAGAGGGCAGAGCCCGAGGUCCGGAGCAUCCCGGGGCCCCCCAGCUCUCCUGCGGUGGGAUCCAGGGACACGGGCAUUGGCUCCUGCCACGCUCCGGCUCUUGUUUCCAGCUGCCUCAGGGGCUGAGCAGGUCCUGGAGCCGGGUACGGGGCACGGCGCCUCCCUGAUCUUGGGAGGUUUUGCUGAACUCCACGCUUUCAGUAGUGACACUCUUUUUCCCCAUCGUAGCGCACAUACCUAACGCGUGGCUUUCGGAAGCGUUAAGAAGCGAGGUGUGCGGAGAGCAACGGGAUCUGCCAUAACGAGGGUCCAAGCUGGUCACCUUUGGCUGGGAGCCUCUCCCUGUGUGGGAUGGGGUGUCCCCGGGGGUCACCGCACGCCACAAAAAUACAUCGCCUUGUUUACAGUGCCCGAGCUGGUCCCGGCACGCUCCGGCCGCAUCUGCAGGCCGUUACUGAAUGUCAAAUCGCUCACGAAAGACCCAUAAUAAUUUUUUUUUAUACCCUUUUUUUUUUUUAUCCUCAUCCCGCUCCCUCCUGGUGGCAUCCUCCACCCCAGCUCCGCGUCCCCUGGUAGGAGGCAGCUCUCUGGUGCUUCUCCCUCUGCUCCUGUUGCUUCUUGCGUUGUGGCUGGUGCAUGCCUGGGGUGGACGGUCCCCACCGCGCUGCUGCUUUCCUUCCUCUCGGUGAGCCCAGCUUCCUCCCUGGAAUGUUUGCUUGCCUUUCUGCUGGAUUAAUUUUUUUAUUUUUUUUAUUUUUAUUUUUUUUUUAAGACGAAAGCAAACGCAUCCUCCGUGGGAUGUCUUUUCCUAGGGGUGUGAAAGCCGCCCCUCUGCAACCCCCUGUCUGGGCCAAACUCCUCCCUGCAGACGCAGCAUCUCCCUCUCCUUUGGAGAGCCGUUAUCCCCACAUCCCGCCGCGGCCGUGUCUCCCUGGGGAUGGGCAAAGGCUGCUGGCAGUGGAGGGAAAGGAGCUCGAACGUAGCGCUGGUGGGCUGUGUUCCUAUCUUUGAUGGAGGGUGAGUGAGGCUUGGUGUUAUUUUCGGUUGUUUGACCCACUUCUGGGAGGAGAAGGCUGUGCAGAGCGGUGUCCCUGCAGCUGCCUCCUCCAUGGGUGGUGUUUCGGUGUCUCGCACUGCGUCCCCUUUGCUGGCUCUGCUUUGGGUACCCCCUGCCCGUACGUGGACCCAUGGCCAGGUGUGGAUGGGUCCGUGCCGCGUCCCUGCUCCUUUCCAGCCCCUCGCUGCUCGCUGCACCUCUCGGGGCUCACCUCAUCUCCUCCCAGUCUGUGCUGGUGAAGGUUUCGGCAUGUUCCGGCAUCGCUUGGUUAUGGGCAGAGCAAAGCUUUAAGUCAAAUCCUCCAUUGGGAGGACACCGUGGGGGUGGAGAGCAAACAGCCACGGCUGGGAGGGGGCUGCAGGACGCCCUGCGGACGGGAAAAGUGCAAUAUUCACAAAUAUUCACAAAUAACUCACAUCCAUGGCUGUGUACUGACCCCAGCGUGGCCCCUGGGGGUCUGGGUGCAGAAAUGUCACCCUCGGCAGAGGAAGGCAUGCUGUGAGGGGCGGGGGAUGUCUGGUGCUGGCCCCCCGGCUCUGUCAGUACCCCACAAGAAGGGCUGGCUGCGUUUUGGGGGACAGCCAUGUGACAGGGCCUGUCCCCAGCCCGGCACCGGGCAUCAGUGGGUUUGCUGGGGGGGGAAGUAGCAUCCAGUUCACUUUGCAAUCAGCGGUGAAGACCUCAUUUCCCAGGAGACCAGAGGUGGCAGAGCACUGGAACAGGCUGCCCAGAGAGGUGGUGGAGUCUCCAUCUCUGGAGACAUUCAAAACCCACCUGGACGUGUUCCUGUGCCACCUGCUCUGGGUGACCCUGCUCUGGCAGGGGGGUUGGACUAGAUGAUCUCCAGAGGUCCCUUCCAACCCUAUGAUUCUAUGAUUCUAUGAGACUGGGGUAUCACAACGGCAUUAACUGUUUUUUGCAGUUCUUCACUUUUAUCGGGGUGAGCAGGGGGUGGUCGGAGAUGGGGCCGGAGGGGGACAGGGCGUGAGGGGCCCUGCCGAGCCAGGAGGACCUGACGCAGGGACCCCAUGGACAUAAAAACUUGACACUUGUGUAUCGUAGGCUGCUCUGUAACCAAGGAAAUUGUGUAAAUAUAGAAAUGAUUAAUGUACGUGUCUUGUACCUAUGGAUAGUGUCAGUGUACGGCGUGUGUAGCUGCCCAGUGGAAGAGCUGGUGCUGCACCUGAAUCACGUAUCUCACUUUAAUCAAUAAAUAUGAUCUAUUUUUAUGUGAAAAAAAAACAAACCACAAACAAGUGGCCUCGCUGAGGGGUGAGAUGGGGGUUUCUUUUCCAUAGGGCUGGUGUAAAACUACCUGGCAUGGCCUGGGCAGCCAUGGAGCAGGUCUGGGGGUCUCCAAGGGGGACGUUGCUGUGCCAGGCUGGAUGGGGCAGUGGUGUGACAUUAAUGCCAGUGGACAUACUACAACUUUUGGGACUCAUCUCUUUUUUUUUUUCCACCCGCCUCUCCCCAUUUUUCUUUUUUUUUUUUCCCCCGAGGGCUUGGGGAGGAGGGGACAUCCAUGGGAGAGCAGGAGAUCUGGAGCCCAGCAGGUCAGACAGACCCUGUGCUUUUCCCACCCCCGCAGCAGCAUACGAGAUUCCCCCCCCCCGGUCUCUGCUGAGGGU